AGUAUAAGUAGGAAAACAUUUAUCCACGCACUCGAUAUCCGAUGAACCGAACAUAGGUAAUUAGUACCUACCCACCGGUGGCUCGUAUUUCACGGGGCACCCUCUAUUCCGAUUAUCCCGAUCCAUUCUUCUUUUUCACUCCACAUAGAAAUCCACCAUGGCCGAAGGUGACAAUUCUCGCAAAUACGAUAUCCUGCUUCUCGGGGCUACUGGCUAUACCGGCACUCUGACCGCAGAGUAUAUCGCUCGACAUCUCCCGACUAACUUGCGAUGGGCUAUCGCUGGGAGAUCUCGAGCCAAGCUGGAAGCGUUGGCCAAGAAACUGCACGCUCUAGAGCCGGAGCGCCCACAGCCAGGUGAGCGAGGUCAUUAUUAAACAGGACCCAAAGACGAUUGUAUACCUCUGUUGAGCGGAGUAUGUCUGCAUCGCAUCGUCGUCGGCUAACUAGGACGCACCACACAGCAAUCAAGGUAGUUUCGCUUGAGAAUCGCGACGAGUUGAGCGCCGUUACCAAGGACAGCAAAGUCUGUAUCAGCGUAGUCUUGUACUGGAAGGUCGGAGAGAAAGUGAUCCAAUCCUGUAUUGAGAAUGGCACGGAUUACAUCGACGUAGCUGGCGACGUACCUCUCCUCCGCCAGUUCGCAGAGAAGUAUCACGAGGAGGCCGUAAAGGCCCGGGUAAUUCUCAUUCAUCUUUGCGGAGUGAUGUCGGCUCCCCACGACCUUCUCACCUGGCUCACAGCGCGGGAAUUGGCCCAAAAGGCGUCCCUCAAGACGAAGGAGGUGAUUUUGACGAACGUGGAGUUUGAUCUACAGCCCAGUGGCGGCACGGCCGACUCGAUGAUAGCCGAGAGUUCCCGGGACCCCCGCGAUCUCGAACGGGCUGCCCAACCCUGGGUGUUAUCUCCCGUCGAGGGGACGAAAACGUCAAAUUCGACCAACUUCUUUGGCAUGCGUUGGGAUCCCGUGCUAGGGUCCCUGUCGGCAUCCUCUAUUUGCGCCCAGGAGAAUCGGGCAUUAGUUCACAGGACGUGGGGCCUGCUGCAGGCGACCGAUCAGGCAUAUGGACCAAGCUUCCAAUAUAACGAGUACAACUCAGUGUCGUCGACUCUCGUUGGCAUAUACCGCCUGGCUAACACUACCCUCCUACGCGUCGCUCUGAGUAUUGGGCCCUUGAGGCGUCUCCUCAAAAUCUUCCUCCCCGUUCCUGGCCAGGGACCCGACAUCGAGAAGACGCGAUACUCGCGUGUGAAGCUCGAAGCCGUGGCUAUUGCGGACUCGAAUGGUGAUAACGACGCCCGCCGAGCCCACGCAAGCUUCUCAUAUCCUUCCGGCCCAUACCAUACCACCGCCGCUUUGCUCGGUGAGGGAGCCUCGUCGUUGCUUUACCGAAGACACUUGGAGGCUCAGGCAGUUGGAGGGUGCCUAACGCCAGCUUUCUUAGGGUCGGACUUGAUCGACAGACUCCGAGCCGCGGGAGCGACCAUUAAAGUCAACUUAGUCUAGAAGCUACGUGUGUGCGCCGGAAAAGAAAGAUCAGACCAAACAACAGGGGAAAAAAAGGGGGAGGG